AAAUCCCCUUCCCCUGUCAAACCCUCCUGUUGCGUCGUGCGAUCAAUCAACUGCCCGUCCUCUCGCUGCCCCCGCCGCGCCGCCUCCCCGUCCGCCCUCGCCGUCCUGCUGCUGCCGCUGCCCCACGACUUCGCCCUGCUCCGGCGCCGACGUCCCGCCUGUCCUCACCUCCGCCAGGCUCUCCCGCGCCCCGCUCCAGCGUUCCCAGGGCGGAGGUUGGACAUUCCAAGAAGCAAACGCCAAAUUUGCAAUAUUCAGGCAGCCAAUUUCUGAGUAAUUCAUCACCUAUCAUUCUGUUGACACCGUCGCCCGCGUUCUCCGGACACUGUGAGUUUUGUACGUGCUUUAAGCUUUUUGAUGUUGUCGCAAUCUCACAAUCUAGCGUUGAUUUGAGCACGCAAGGCUCGCUAGAACGUGUGAUUUCAUGGAUCUACGAUUCUGUAAGAUGUGUGAUUUAACACGAGAUCCGAAAUUUCGCAAAAGCUACAUGCUAUGUCUUGGAUCAUGUGGAUAAAAAACUUAUCGUGAUUGAUCCAUCACGUGUUCCGGAGUGGUAUGAACACAUUCCAUACACAGAAAAUAUGGAUAUACUAUUACACAUUUCUACAAGAAGUAUAUUGCUGCAAUGAACGUAAAUAGUUCCAAGUGGGACCAGAAUAUCUACAAGUGGUCAUUCAUCAUGAAAAGUGUAUUGUUGAAGACGAGAAGGAAGGGUACUCUACGGGCUACCUGGUUUUGCAGUACAUGUCUUGGUGGAAAAGUACCUAGAGAGUGGAGAUUUGUGCGGAUGGCCGUACUAUUCGGCAAAACUUCAUCAUCGAUGUGUUGGCGUUGGAACUGAAUGUUUACCGAAAAGUACUUCCCACAGACGUAAAAAAUUAUCUUAGCCGCAUCACUGGCAGGGAUAUAAAGUAGAAUUUAUUGUACAUUUGCUUGUAAACUUAGUGGGUCUUGGUGACAAUGGUGCACCCAUGGAUUUGAUUUAUCUGAGUUCUGUUUGGAACGAUAAAGUUAUACAUGAAGGUAUUAUAUAGCCACAGAAUAAGUUGCGGGAAAGCUAAAUAUAUGCUUUCAUACACAUAUUGAUGCUCAUGGAGGAAAUUUGUUUCAGCCGUAGCAACACACGGGCACACACCUAUUUGUUGUUAAGGUGGAAGCAGAAAAUCUGGAUGAAUUGGUUCUUGUGAUGACAGUUGAGCUUGGUUUUGGUGGUCAGAAAUUCAUGCCAGAAAUGAUGGAUAAGGUGCGCGCACUGAGAAAUAAGGGCCUGUUUGGGACUGCUUCACUUCACCAAAUUCGACUUCGCUUCACGAAACUGUAGCUAAACACUCUCAGCUUCACCAGCUCAGCUUCACCAAAAAACGUGAAGUUGGCCCCAACUUCACGAAAUUCAUGAAGCAGCCAAAAGGGUACUUCACGAGUAGUCGUUUUGAACUCCCUCGUGAAGUUGGGGGAAAAUUACUCACCAAUGCCACUGAUUACACACCUGAAACAUUUUUCUUCCAUCUCUCCCGUACCCGCGCCCCCCCUCUUCCUCCCUCUAUCCGCUCCCAUCCCUCAAAACCCUAGCUGCGCGGCAUGACCACGGGCGGCGCGGGCCCCGGCGCGGGGCACGGCGCGGGCGCGGGUGGCGCGGCUGGCAGGGGUGUCGUGGGCGCGGGCGGCGCGGGAGGAAGCCGGGGAGGCGCUGGGAGGGGCGGCGCGGGAGGCAGCAGGGGCGGCGCGGGAGGCAGCAGGGGUCAUGCCCGCAUCUCCAGUCUUCCGAAAUCGUUACUGCGGAAUCAAACCGGAACCGGUUGGGACAAUACAAGAGGAGUAAUUAACAUGGACAAUGAAUGGUGGAAAAAAAUAAAAGUGGAUGUGCCGGGUUCUGGAAAAUUUAAGAAGAAAGCGCUGCAAAAUGAAGACUUUCUUAGAGAAAUGUUUGGUGACAUUUCUAAUGAUGAAACUGAUCAUUGGAACCCGAUGAGUGAUAAUCCUAUUAUACCCGAAAGCCAAAAAGACACUGAAAACAUAGAUGGAGCAGGAGAGGAGGAAGAGGAGGACAAUGUGUUGCAUGAUUGGUCAUAUAGAGAGGAAGAGGAUGAGGAGGUUCAGGAGGUAUCUCCUGCUAAUGGAAAUAAAAAAAGAAGAGCUCGUGUUGUUCUAGAGGUUCCUAAAAAGGAAAAGUCAAGUACAGCUCUUAUAAUUCAAGAACAAAUUACAAAGAUUGCUGAUUCGGCCGAGUCGUUUACAUCAAAAAAGCAAGCUGAAAUCGUUUCUAUUAAAGAAGUGAUGGAUGUUGUCUUGGAUUAUGGGGCACAAUAUGGUAGCAAUGAGCAUGACAUUGCUACCCAAUUGUUUGUGAAAAAGGAACAAAGAGAAAUGUUCUUGACUCUUCCUACUAGAGAAAUUUGUUUGAAUUGGCUUACAAGGAGGUACAACGACAAGUAUGGGAAUUGAAGGCUUCGAGAAAUAUUUUUGAGUGCUUUUUUUCAGUAGUGCUAUUUUUUUAUUUUAUUUUAGUUUUCAUAUUGCUGCUAGGGAGUACCUUGUUGUUGACUACCUGUAAUCAUGAUAUUGUUACUACUACUUGUAUCCAUGACAUCGUUACUAUUGCUACUUGUUAUUA